AUGCAUGUGGGGUUUGCAGAGAUCAGAUUCAAGCAAACAAAGAUGCGUUCGUACGUCGAUGACGCCGUGCCUGCACCGCCUGGACUAGUGUCUAGACGACAAGCAAUUUGA